GAUACAUUAAAAGAAAAAUUCCGAAACGGCAGUCGUCGUCGCAUUUUCGUGCGCGAAGGAUCAUCAUCAUCAUAGUCGUCAUGGCCCGUAACAUCUCGAUGAGCCUUCAGUUCGCAGCUGCUCUGGUGCUGCUCUUGGCCAAUUUGGCAGCGGCUAAUCCGGUGGCUAAUAGCGACGAUCGGGCGGCGACAGACGUAGUCCCGAAGCCCGUCGUCGCCGAAUCGGUCGAGGACGAGGCCGAAAUCAGCGAGUUCUACGACGACUUCGAGGAGCUCUGGGAGACCGGCAAAGAGCUCUACGGCAACAUGACCUUCGACAACUUCGCCGACCUGAUGAAGAUGACUUGCGAGAACAACGAGCGCUACUUCGGCAGCAAGAAGGCCCAGCACGCGCCCAACGUGUCCUUCAUCAAGUCCCGGCUGAGCGUCAUGUGCAAGGAGCUGUACAGCUGGAAGGACUAUCUGCACACGGUGAAGAAGCACCAUCCGGAGAACUUCAAGGAGAGCCGCGAUCUGGCCAAGACCAUACUCACCUACGACUACCUCAAGUACUACGUCUGCCUGUACAUGUGGGCCACAGACGCCAAGAUCGACGACGAGGAGCUGAUCAUGUUGAAGAAAUAAUUUUGACGUCAAAAGAUCGUUCGGAAUUUAAUUCCUUGUAUUUCACUAAUAAAUAAAAAAAUAACUUAUAAAUGCA